CGAAUUUCAAACGAUGCAAUGGCCGUCCUGAUAAUGGGAUAUAAAACUCCUCGCCUCAUGGUGGCACUGUGACAGGGCAAGUGACAGAAGUCAUUUAACAAAAUUACGUCAUGCGCUCCAGCCAAUGAGCGUCGAGUUAGAUGAAAUUCGGUCCGUUUGUGUAGAAUUUGAAAUUUCAACGAGUCGUCAACAAUCGUGGAAGAGAACCAUCGCGCCAAAGUGAGCAACAAUGAGUUGGGCGGUGGAGGAGUGGAAGGAUGGACUUCCGGGAAAGGCCCUGCAGAAGAUCCAGGAGAUGGAAGUGCAGCUGGACAAAGUGAAAAAGGAGAGAACUCAAAAGCAGUUCCAGCUUGACUCUCUGGAGGCGGCUCUACAGAAGCAGAAACAAAAGGUGGACAGUGAACGCAAUGAGACAUCUGCUUUGAAAAGAGAGAACCAGUCCUUAGUUGAGUCGUGUGACUCUGUGGAAAAGGCUCGCCAGAAGGUUUUACAUGAUCUGGGGAUCAAAGAGCAGCAGGUGAGAUAUUUGGAGGGGCAGCUUAACACUUGUAAGAAGACGAUAGAGCGACUGGAGCAGGAGCUGAAGAAGUAUAAAACUGAGCUGGAUCGUUCUCAACCUGCCAGUUCUUCGUUUUCUUCCUCCGAGCUGCAGCCAUUUGUUACUCCGCAGAAGAGUUUCCCCACUCCGGUUUCAGCUUACAGACAGCAAGAUAACAAACUCGAGGACCUUCAAGAGAAAUACAACCAGGAAGUAGAAGAGAGAAAAAGGCUAGAAAAUGAACUCAAAGUCCUGCAUGUGAAACUGUCAAAUCAGCCUUCGGUCAGCGCGAGCCACAAAGAUGUGGCCGCUCGCCAAGCUGGGUCCUCUAUAUUCCCGUGGCAACAGCAAGAUCAGGCCCAGGCCCGCCAGUCUCAGGAAGUGAAGGAAACGGGUCUGAAGAGGCGGGGCGCGUCCCUCUGGGAAUCCCACGAAAACACGCCCAUUAAACCCAGCCAGCGGAUGAGCUCUACCAGAACAGCCCCGAGUCCCGGUGGAUCACAACAGAUGGAGCAACUGAAAAUCCUAAAUCAAGAGCUUCGUGGCCGUGUGUCAGAGCUGGAGAAGAGCAUGUCCACGCACGAAAGAGAGCUUAGCAGUCAGGCCGCAAAGCUGCAGGACCUACAAGUCCAGCUGACCCAGGCCCACAAAGACCUGAAUGAACGAGAUCGAGACUUGGUCAAGACGAGCAACGAGCUGCGUCAAACCACUGACAGAUAUCAACAGCUUGAGCUCAAGUGUUCUUCAGGAGAGCAGAAGUUGAAACAAGUUACAGAGGAGAUGAGCUGUCAGAGACACAACGCUGAGAUCUGCAAACGAGCCCUGGAACAGAAAGUCAAGGACCAGGAGAGAGACAGCCAGAAGGAGCGAGCUCAGCUGCAAAGAUCCAGUCAGGCUUUAGAACAACAGAUGGAGCAGACCAGAACCAAGUUAACGCAAGAGAUCCAACAGUCCAAAAAAGACAACAAUAUACUGCAGAGUGAUUUGGAGAAGAUGUGUUCGCAGAAGUGUCGGCUUGAGAAGGAGGUGGAAGAGCACAAACAGAAGCUGCUGCGCUCGCAGCAGAGCCUCCAGGCCAGCCAGACCAAAGAGGAGGAUCUCCGCAAGAAACUCGAGGAGCAUCAACGAGAGAAGAACAGUACUUCUGUGCAGCUGGACCAGAGCAACAGACGGCUGUCACAACUGGAGUCUGAGAAGAAGACCAUGGACCAGACUCUCAAACGCACCCAAGGGCUCCUGGAUGACUUGAAAGCAAAAUGUGAACGUCAACAAGAAGAGCUGAAGAGACUUCAGUGCAAACUGGAGCAGCAGUCUCAAGCUUCGAAGACGGAACUGGAAAACCUAAAGAAGACUCUGUCUGACGCUGAGACGAAAAAUGAAUGGUCCCGGAAGGAAAUGCAGACGCAAAAGCAGGAUGCCCAGCAGCUGACCAACAAGUUGACAGAGGCUGUGAAAGAGAGUCAAGAGCUGAAGAAAAGUCUUGGCGCGAGUCUUGACGAAUGCAAGGAGCUGACGCAAAAACAUCAAGCACUGCUGGAGUGGAAGAAUGAGAAAAACUCCAUCAUUAACGAUGUAGAGGCCACACUGAAGGAACUCUCGGACAAAAUCACUGAGUUGGACAAAACUCUGUGUUCACAGACUGAGGCUAACAAAGAACUGCAGAAGCAGCUUAGCUGUGCAGAGGAGGAUCAAGCCAGGAUGUCGACACACGUUGUCAGCCUAAAGGGAGAACUCCUCAUCAAGAGUACAGAGCUAGAGGCCAAGGAGCAUCAGUACGUGGAGCUCCAGACUAAAUCCUCUGAGGCUGUCCAGAAACACGCAAAAGAUCUGGAAACUGUUGGUGCACAGGUGAUCCAGCUAGAAACACAGCUCAGAGAUCUUCAGUCGCAGCUGGAAAAGGAAAUUGCCAGAGCGGAGCAGGCUGAGAGGAGCAUCGCCCAGUUGCAAGAUGAGCAGCGAGCAGCCUCCGACCUGGCGCACGCCAAAGAGCAAGCGAUUGAACUCGGCCAAGCUGAAAUACGCCACCUGAGAGACACCCUUGCGCAGGUCACUGCAGAGCAUGAAGAGAGAAAUUCAAGGUUAUCAGAGGAGAAAGCGGCUUUGUUGAGACAAUGUGAGGAAAGCAUUGCAGUGAAGGCAGAGGAGACAGCGCAAAUCAAGUUUCAGUUGGAGGAAACUCAGCAGGAUCUCCUGCUCACGCAAAAACAGAUCACCUCGAUGGAGCAGUUGCUGAAGGCACAGGAGCAGUUUGGAGCAGAGCUGCAGAAACAAAGUAAGACGAUGUCUGAGCGUGAGGAAGAACACAAAAGAAUCGAUGCGGAGAAGGUGCAAAAGCUACAACGGCUGGAGGAUGAGCUGAGGGAGGCGUGCGCCCAAGUAACAGAAAAGGAGAGGCUGCUCGGAGAAGACCGGGCUCGGCUUUUCUCUCUUGAGAAACAAAAUGAAGACCUGGAAAAUGCUUUUCAAGAAAGGGUGAAAGAAACGGAGCUACUCAAAGAUACACAUGCUGCAAAGGUAAACAACCUGCAGGAGCAAAUAUCUUCUUUAGAGGAUCAAAUAUCUGCAUGCAAAGACGCAGCUGAGAAACUCCCACUUUUAAAGAGUGAGCUUGAGGUGGUCAACCGCUCACACGCCGAGCUCAAAACGCACGUGGACACCCUUCAAAGGAGUCUCUCCUCCAUGACUGAAGUCAAGACCAACUUAGAGAACACGCUGACUGAGAGAGUAAAUCUGGGUUCUGCUUUGGAAAAAGAAGUUGCAGAUCUCAGGCAGAAAGUGGGCCGACUGUCUGAGAAUCAAGCUUUGGAGGCCCAAAGUUUCUUCACCAAGGAAAAGAGCCUCCGAGAGCGCUGUGAAGCAGCGCAGAAAGCCCUGAACGCCGCCGAGGCCGAGUCGAGUAACAUCCGAACACAAGUGAAAACCAUGAAGGCGACUCUGUCUGCAGCCUCACAAGGUUUGGAGGAAAGAGACGCCAGCAUAAAGAGUCUGAAGGAGAAGCUCAACUGCGCUGAAGCGGAACAUGCCAAGACGACUGAAGUCCUGAAAGAGAAGAUAGUUGCCAUGAACAAAAUCGAGGUGCAGCUCGAAAUGCUUCAGAUGGAUCUGGAGGACAACGAGACCACUGUCAACUCUUAUGAAAAUCAAAUAGAGGCUCUAAAAGAAACCAUCCAGUCACUGGAAUCUGAGUUAGCUCAGAACCAAAGUCAGAUGUCUGACAUGCUGGUCCGACUCGAGAACAGGAAAGCCCAGGUCUCUGUUUUGGAAGCACGGUUGGAUGAGGUCCAGUGUCAGAACUCCAUGCUGGAGACAAAGUAUGCGACAGCCACAGAGGAACUGAUGGAGAGGAGCUGUGAAAUAACUCGCCUGGAGGGGGAUGCUGUCAAAUGUACUCGAUUAGAAGAGGAAGUUGCUACGUUGAUGGCUAAAGUUGCUUCCCUCAACCAGAUAAUCCGAGACAAAGAUGAUGAUGACAAAGCGUCACUUCAAGAGAAAAAUAACAUUGAGGCAACUCUGAAGAAAUUAGUCGAUGACCAACAGGAAUUAAAAUCGGACAUGAGUGAGCUGACUGUUCAGAAGCAGCAGUUGGAAAGCAGGCUUGACAUGUUAGCUGAGGAGAACGAACACCUGCAGGCCAGAGUGAAAGUUUUAACUGAGGAGAAGCAGCAAGCAGAAGCACUGACAAAACAAUUGACCGCAGGGAAAGAAAACACAGAGUCAACAGUGAAGGAGCUCACCGAAGAGAGAGCCCAGCUGCUCGCCACUCUUGGUCUUCUCAGGGAAAAGGAAUCUCAGAUUGGGGUUCAACUCGGUGAUCUGGCAAAAAAGCUGAAUCAAGCACUGGAGGACAAACUUCAGCUGGAGGAAACCAAUACUCGCCUGAUGGAAAAGAACGCGGCUCUGCAAUCCUGUGAAGCCCAGCUAAUGGAGGAAAGGCAGCGAUUCCAAGCGAGCGUAAAGACGCAUGACAGCGAGGUGGCUUCGCUGAGGGAGGAGAAGGAAUGCAUCAAAAACCUCCUUGGGUCCUCUGAACAGGAGCGUCACAGGAUGAAGGAUCAGCUUGAGAUGACAGAAAAGAGAAUGGAGGAAGAGAAACUAGCCAGGAACCAGCAAUUUGAAACGGAGCAGGCCGAACUGCAUCAGAAGUUGUCGUGCUUACAACAAGAGCUGAGCGAGUUCAAGCACCGGUAUGACUCGCUGCUGGAGCAGGUCGGCCAGCAGCAGCUCCUCAUAGAGCAGCUCUCAAAACUCCAGGACCGACGCAGCCCCCAAGAAAAAUGGAGUUCCGCAGAGCCCGGAAAGGCAGCCAUCAGCGAAGAGGCAGCAAGCCACGUUUAUGCUGAACCCACCGAGGAACCAGCAUUAGACUCCUUGCCGGUAAAUGAGCCCAAAUCACAGGAAGUAUCGAUCCAGCCUGAUGAGAGCCUCAGUGAAACAGAACCUGUCCUCAAGCCGGAAGUAAUCGAGGAAAACAUGGACCAAGAUAGAGACGCUUGUGUCGAAGAUGGACGUGAAAUGCAGGCUAUUGAGAAGCAGCAAUUUGGUCACGAUCAGGUUCCUGAUGAGAACCUUCACUUGGGCGUCCUUGAAAAUGAAGCCGCUACAUGUGAAGCGUCACGAUGUUCCUCCUCUGCAGAGGAGACUAGGGAGCUACACUCUUUAAAACUUUUGCAGUUAAAACAUGGCCAUGAAAACCUCUCAAAUCGGGAAGAGGAAAUCCGUUCCCUGCUCUCAGAGGUUGACCUGCUCACCUCGGACCUUGGACUGAGGAAGGAGCUGACCUCUGACCUCCAAGUGCAAGUUCAAAACUUGGAGCUGAAAGUUGAUGCAGCAGAAGAAGCAGCACGUUGUGCAGCUGAUAAGAUAGACAAAGUUCUGAAGGAGAACAAUAGCUUCUCUGAUCAGUUGUCUCAGCUGUCAGAGGACAAAGAAGCAUUAACCCUGCAGCUCCAAACGGCUAAAUGCCAGCUAACUGAUGUUAUGGAGAUGGUGGAGGGACUGGAAAUGGCUAAAGGCGGAUGGGACGAAAAAUUCCUCCAACAGGAGAGCGAGCUGAAGAGGGUUCGCUCCGAGAAGGCCAACCUGGAGCAGCACAUCCUCGGCAUGGAGUGUGAGCUGGAGGCCUUGCAGGAGGAGCGAAGCAAGCUGGGGGACGAGCUGGAAACACAGAGGAGGAUGUGCUCGGGCUUGGAGCAGCAGAUAGAAACGCUCUCUGCUGAGACAACCCACCUGAGAUCUGAGUUGGUUUCCUGCACUGAGGAACAAGAGGAGCUGAGCCAGGCUGCAGGUCAAUGGCGAGAGAAGGUCAACGGCCUAGAGAAGACCAACUGUGACACCAGGGCUUUAAUUUCCAUCCUGGAGGAGGACAUCAGAGCAGGGAGGAGGGAGAAUGAAGCCCUGCAAGUCAGCAUGGACAAGAUGAAGACAGAGAGGCAACAGCUUUUGGAGCAGAUGAACGUGUUGGAGGAAACCAUGUGUCAUCAGAGUGGCGAGAAGGAACAACUGCUUGGGCAGCUUGAAAAAAUUAAAGACGAUAACACGUCUGCCAAUCAAAGCACAGAGACCAUGUUCAGCAAAAUCCAAGCUCUGGAGGGAGAAGUGCGACAGCUGACGCAGUCUUUGGAGUCUUCCCUACUGGAAAAGGGAGAAAUCGCCUCUCGUCUGAAUUCCACACAAGAGGAAGUCCAGCAGAUGCGGCGCGGCAUUGAAAAGCUGCGCGUCCGCAUCGAAUCCGACGAGAGGAAGAAGCAGCAGAUGUCCGAACUCCUCAAAGCUGCUCAGAGAAAAUCUGACUCGCUGCAAGACCGCAUUGAUGCUCUGCAGCGAGAGAAGGAAGAUGUAGAGCAAGACCUCGAGGAAGCUGCCCUUCAGGCGGAGACCACAAAAUCUGAGCUGGAGGAGGAAAGGACAAAGGUAGAGGAAGAGAAGAGAGGACUUAACGAGGAGCUCUUGAAGCUUUCUGGCACUCUGGACAUCCUGAGAUCUGAGAAGGAGCAACUGGAGCGAGAGCUGCAAAAGAAAAGAGUAGAACUGGAGGAGCUGAAGGCUGCCAAGGAGGAGCUGGAGAGGGAGCUGGACAGAGCGCAGAGAGAGCGAAGAGAAGAGCAGGAAAGGCAGAGGUGCAGGGUGGAGGAGUUGGAGAGGGGGGCGAGGGCGCAAGUCGAGAAGCGAGUAGACGACCUCCGAGCGCAGCUUGAAGCAGCUCAUCGGCGAGAGCUGUCCUUCCAAGAAAAGAGUGCAGAAAUGCAGAGGGAACGACAGAGAAUGGAGGAGCUGGAGGAAGAGAAACAACAUCUUCAGAAGUUGCUGGAGACGUGGAAGAUGGAUGGAGAGCAGUGGGAAGGGCAGAAAAAGAAUCUGAUGGCUCGCAUUGAGAGCUUGGAAGAAGACGUUUUAAAAGCCAGAGAGGCAGAUGACAAGGAACACCUCGAAGGAGAAAACAAACGACUUCAGCAAGAAAAAGAGAGACUCGAGCAGGAGAACGAGACUCUCCGUUCAAGCGAGGAGAAGCAAAUUGCACUGAAGCAGGAGAGAGAUAGAAUAGAGGAGGACAGGCAGAGGCUGGAGGAAGAGACAGAGAAGCUUCGGACAGCCAUGUCGUUGCUGGAAGAAGAGAAGAACAGUUUGUCCUCUCGUCUUUCUCUGCUGGGACAAGAGAAUCAGAGACUUGAGGAAGACGAGGCGAAACUGUCACAGGAGCAACAGAGUCUUCGGUCCACAGUUGCCUCCUUGGAGGAGAAGCUGGAAACUCAGCAGCGCUCUGUCUCAAAGCUCAACGAGCAGGUGUCUGAGCUGUCGUCUCGUGUUGCUCGCGUGUCCAAAGAGAGAGACGCCGCCUCCAGCAAGUUGAGCCUUUGCAUGAAGACCUGCAAACAGCUGGAGCAAGAGAAGCAGCUCAUACUUAGCGGAUCAGAUGGAGUGCACAGUGAGGCGGCGCAGGUGGAGGUUACACAGCUGCAGAGUCGAGCUGCGGAGAGGAAAAAGGAGAUAGAGGAGCUGAUGUCGUGCCUUAAAGAGGCGAGAGCGGAGCGUGAGGAAAAAGCUAAAGAGGUGGAGGAGCUCAAGGCCGCCCUGGAAACAGGCAGCAGAGCUCUGGAACAGGCGAAAGGUGACGUGAAAGAAGUGGAACAGCUUUUGGAGGAGAAGACAAAGGAGGCAGACGAUACCAUGAAAAAAUACUGCAGCUCGAUGUUGGAAAUGCACAAGUUGGAGGAGGCCAACGAAAUGCUGACAGCGAGGGUCGAGUACUUAACGGCGAGCAAACCCACCGACAACGAUGGCAUCAUCCACUCCGGCGCCGCCGAAGGCCGCAGACGCUCAGCGAGGUCCUCUGCCAAGUGUCUGGAUGACAAAACUGAAAACACGGCUCCUUCUACGCCUCAGAGGUUGCCGCAGGGCAACGGAAAGAGGGGUCACAAACUUAUGACCGACAAGGACAGCGCUCAGGAAGCUCUUCACAACCUCACGAAGAAGAUCAGAGCCAACGCUGCGACCACACCCCAACCAAGAAAUGAGCGGGAGGAUGAAUUCAGGCCUGAGGGACUUCCAGAGUUGGUACAGAGAGGCUUUGCCGACAUCCCCCUGGGGGAGGCCAGCCCCUUCAUCAUGAGGAGGACCACUGUGAAGCGCUGCAGCCCUCGACUGGCUGCCAGACGCACGUCGGACAGCAAGGUAUUGUUCCCUUUACUGCAGCAGAGUCCGUCCUCUCCUGCCAAGUACGAGGCAGCCGCCGCUCCUCAUAUGGAGACGUCGCCAGAACAAGAAGAAAACUGUCGAGUUCAGUAAGAAGAAAAAAAAAAAAUUCUUUUUACACUCCACUUUUUAAAUUGUUUUCAACACUUAGUUUAUCCACAUUAACAGUUCUUAAUUUUAUUUCAGAAUUUUAGUGAUAGGUCAUAUGGAAACAGCAUUAUGGACACAAAAUGCUUGAUUUGCAAGACAUUUCAAAAGUGUUCCUUCGUGUUUGUGUACUCACAUACGGCUGAUGUUUUUCUUCCGCUUACAUUGUUACACUGUCACGUGCUUUGUACAUUUCAUUAUCGAGUCGACUGUGAUCUUAGCCUGUGUUCCUUCUUUGUACAGUUUAGACGAGUGUUUCCAAUUAAUUCUUGGUACAGUAUGGCAGCUACCUUUUCUGUGCUUGCACUGCUUCACCUUUUAUAGUCUGGUAACAUCCAAACGUGUUUCUCUAAUCAUAGAAGAAUUAUUUAGCACAAUUUGAUGUAAACUUGAAAGCUGCUUUUUGUUCAUGUCCAGGUCUUUGAGGUUAGUGAUCAUUGUAAAUACUUUUUUUUUUUUAUUAAAUUUGUCCAAACAGCCCAUUAUGUAUGGUCUCUCUGUCUUGAACAAAUCCUUCCAUUUGAAUCAUGUUUUUAUCAUAAUUGUGAUUUAGCAUGACAAAUUAGGAACGGGAAUCUGGUGGCAUGAUUCCAUGCGAGUCACCACAAAGUCAGCACUUGACCAAACAGUUGAGCGUCAACGUGUGACAUCCACAUUCAGUACCGCAGUCGGGCGUGCUGUCAAAGAUAACUUUUUCAUCUUUUUUUUUGUGAUUUGUCAUCCUUGCGGUGUCAGCCACAGAGCAGAACUUUUCCUUUU